GCACGGCGGCGGACAUCUUACAACACCUGAUUGGCUCCCCUGAUUCGCAGAUGGCGCGUUUCUUGUUGAUGGCCAGCCUGGUCGUGGCCCGCGGCGCCGUCGGCCCCGCCGGUUCCACUACGAUGCAGCUUGGGCUGAUGGUGGACAAGGGCAAUGCUCAGGUGUUGCGCCCACCAGGAAACAAAACGAGGGCCUCGACAAAUUUGUUUUUGCAUUUUUUCAUGUAUUUAUUGGUGACGCUUCAGACGAUUCCGCACAGCCCCAAAGACGGUCUGGGAGGCGUAAGCUAG